CGGUGACUCUGCUGCAGAGCAGGCGGGUGCAUGUUGCCAUGGCUGCAGGGCGCAAAUAGCAGGGCCAGAUGCAGACAGGCCGAGCAGGGACCCCGACCGGGGACCCCCAGAGCUAAGUCUGCAGCACAGGACGCCCCCCACCCCCCAGAGGGCGGACCCACCUGCCGCCAGGCCCAGGAGCCCAAACGGAGGGCAGGACCGGCUGCGGCACUGCCUACCCACCAUGGAGUCCCCCCGCUUCAGGGAGGACGGGGAGGACCUGGACUUCUACUUCCAGCCUCUGCCCCCCCUGGCCGAGGAUGAGGAGAAUGUGUCCCUGGCCGACAUUCUGUCCCUGAGGGCCCGCGGGUUGAGCGAGCAGGAGGCCUGGGCUGUGGGCCUGGAGUGUGGCCUGUCCCUGCACAAGGUGGCCCAUGCCGGCCUCUUCCAGACUCUCUGCAUCACGCCCGACACCCUGGCCUUUGACACCAGCGGCCAUGUCAGCUUCAUGGAACAGCUCAGCGAUGACCCUGAGGGCGCCUUUGUCCCCCCAGAGUUCGACGACACUGGGAACACCUUUGAGGCUCACGUCUACUCACUGGGUGCCACACUCAAGGCCGCCCUGGACUUCAUGGGGGAGCCGGAGCCAGAGCCGGAGCCCAGGCUGAGCCACGAGCUGGAGGCCCUGCUGGACCGGAUGCAGGCACUGGACCCCAGAGAGCGGCCAGACCUGCAGAGCGUUAUCGUGCUGUGUGAGCAGAAGCUGUGGCCAGUGUCCUCCUGCCGCCUGUGUCGCAGCCUCUCAGCCGUGGGGAGACGAGUACUGUCCAUCGAGUCCUUUGGGGCCUUUCCAGACAUCAGCGAGAACACCUGGACAGGGAGGCUGGCCCCGAGGACUGUGGGGACGAGGAGACGGCCCCCAGACCCCGCUGACGCCGGGGACCCCCAGACUCCCAGCCGUGAAGACCCAGGCCAGCCCAGAGCCCUCAAGCCUCUGUUCUCAGCACCUCUGAGAAACGGCCAGAGCCUGAGCCUGCAGAGGCUGGGCAGCCUGGUCCUGGGCCCACAGCCCGGCUGCCCAGGCCGGAGCAGCCUGAGGAAAGUGCGCACAUUGUCCUGGCUCCUGCCUGAAGCACCCGAGGCCGGCCCCACAGAGGCCUCUCCAGAGGGCAGACAUGGCCACAGCAGCACCCGGCCUCAGCCUGAGCCCUGGCAGGGCAAGAGCGGGGCCUCUGUCCAGGCGGCCCUGGAGGAGAAAGUCACGCCCGCAGCCCAGCACCCCCCAAAGGCCCGCUCAGCUGCCCAGUCAGCCGGAGCUCCUGAGGGGGCCCUGGACAGUGCCGAGGACCCAGGAUCACUCACUGAGCAGGCCGUCUCCCUGCAGACCCUCCUGUCCACGCUGGGCCGGCCUCUGAAGGAGUAUGAGCUGUGGGCUCUGUCCCAUGCCUGCCUCAGCGCCCUGUGGACACAGCGCCAGCACCCAGCCUACCUGUGUCCAGACUCCGUGCUGGUGGCCAAGGAUGGGGCAGUGUUUUUCAGGCCACCACCGGCCAAUGGUGCUCACAACGCCUUCUUCCUGGCCCCCGAGGUUGCAGAGCAGAAGCUGGUGACAGAAAAGGCCUCCGUGUACUGCAUGGCCGCGGUGCUGUGGACAGCAGCCAGGUUCUGUGUCCCCCAAGGCCAGAAGUUGGCACUACCCCACCGGCUCAAGGCUCUGCUGUUAGACAUGGCCAGACGCAGCCCUCGAGAGCGGCCGGCCCCUGCGGAGGCCGUCAAGGUCUGUGGCGCCUACCUCCUGCAGAGAGGCAUGGACAGCAGGAAGGUCCUGGCCCACCUGCUCACAGCCACCUGCAAGGUGGACCACCAGGAAGAAACCAUCAGCCUGCAGACCUCUCUGUCUCCAGAGGACCCUCGGGUGGCUCCUGCCCACCUACCCAGCUCAGGUUUCAUGCCAAUCAGAGGGGACACCAGACUGGUCCCCUGCCAGGAACCCAUGCCCGGUCAGGGGGCCACGGAGCUGCCCCUGGCUCUCAACUCGGCUGCCACCGACUUCAGGCCCAUCCUGCUCUCGAGAGACAUCGGCGUGGCCAGGGAGGACCUGGCCGACAGUCCUGAGGAGCACGGUGACUGGCAGGAUGAGCAGAGCAAGGGUCAGUGGGUCCGGGGAGCAGCCCCCGACCUGGAGUCGCCCCAGCUGGAAGCAGCAAGCCCUGGCCAGGAGCUGGAGCUGAGAGCAUUGGCCCCGGGGCUGCCCACCUCGUCUAGCCCACCCUCGAUGGCGCACACACCCCUAGAGCAUCAGCAGGAGGCACAGCCCCCCAUAGCAGCUCCCCACCACACCCUGGGGCCCCAAUACCCGGAGCCCACAGCCAGCACCCAUGCCCACAGGCCACCCCCAGCUGGACCACCCCGGGUCACAGACCCCCCAAGCCCAGGUCAGGAGCCCAGGGGGCCCCACCCGGCUAGUGCAAAUGCAGAGAGCCUCGGGGACCCACCACACGGGGAGCAGGACGGCCAGGCCCCCAGUGGCCCCCCUCAGCAGCCCAGGCCAGCCAGGGAGCCGUCUGGAGUGGACACCCCAGCCCCCCGUGGCCCAGCUGGCCCCUCGCUGCAGGAGGCCAUGAGCCUCAUCCAAGAGCACUUCGCCUCUGAUGGAUACCCGGACAACGGGUUGGAGACCCUCAUCAUGGGCGAGUACAUCUUUGGGCUGAGAGAUCUCACCUUCUCCACCUUCUGUGGUGCCGUGUCCGAGAAGUUCUGUGACCUGUUCUGGGGCGAGAAGCUGCUGCUCAGCCUGUUCUCCGUGGUUAAUGGGCACAGGACCUUUGAGGAGCCCCCAUCCCAGCCCGGGCCAGGCUGCACCCUGUCCAGCACGCGAACCCCACAGCUUGGAGAAGGGACAGAGCAGCUGCCUGCAGCCUGCAGGGACCAGGCCCCUUGCCCACCCUCCGCCCCGGCUCCUGUGGAUGGGCUCUCGAGGGGCAACUUUGAGGUGGGCUUCCGGUCACAAAGGCCUGUCAGCGUGCAGGACACCAGGCCAGCGCUACAUGGGGAGGCCCACCCGGAAGGGUCCGCAGACGCAGGGGCUCAGCCAGCGCCGCCCGGGGAGGCACGUCCAGCUGCAGCGUGGAGCUGCGGUCCAGGCUGGGGCAGUGCCUUCUACGAGGCCGACUGCUUCGGCCCUGACGUGCAGAAGUACCUGCAGGACCUGGGGGUGCAUGGGGCCACCCAGGGGGCCCCCACCAGUGCCCACAGCAUGGGGCUGGAGCAGCAGCUUCUGAUGGAGAAGAGAAACUUCCGGAAGACCCUAAAGUUCUACCAGAAGCUCCUACAGAAGGAGAAGCGGAAUAAAGGCUCAGAGGUGAAGAGCAUGGUGACCAGGCUGAAGGGGCAGCUGGAGGAGAUGAGGUCCAGGGUGCGCUUCCUCGGGCUGGUCAGGAGGUACCUGCAGGUGGUGUACGCUGAGCAGUGGGGUCUGGAGCCCAGCAUGCUGCCCGUGAUCGUGCACCUGGCCGGGGCGCCCUGUGACUCUCUGGCCCUCAGCCCCCUGGACGAGUCCUCCUCGCUCAUCUUCUACAACGUCAGCAAGCAGGUGUGUGGUGGCCAGCAGUCCAGAGCCCGAGUCCUGCAGGCAGGCACACCGCUGGGGCUCAUGGCCUACCUGUACUCCAGCGACGCCUUCCUAGAGGGUUACGUGCAGCAAUUCCUGUACACCUUUCGGUACUUCUGCACACCCCAGGAUUUCCUGCACUUCCUGCUGGACCGGAUCCGCAGUGCCCUGCCCAGGGCCCAGCAGGACCCCGCGUCCACCUUCACAAGGAUCUACAAGCGCAGCCUAUGCGUCCUGCAGGCCUGGGUGGAGGACUGCGGUGCUCUGGACUUCGCCCACAGCCCCGGACUUCUGGCCACACUGCGGGACUUCCUCUCCUCCCAGGUCCUGCCCCUGGACAGCUCUGCAGAGCCGCUGCUGGCACUGCUGGCGUUAGGCACCGAGCGGGGGGCCGAGGGCAGCCCCCACGGCGCAGACCUGGAGGCCCCCACGGAGGCGGAGAACGCCAGGCCCCUCAACUCCCUUUGUAAGAGGCUCACGGAGGACGGCCUCUCCCGGAAGAGCUUCCCCUGGAGGCUGACCUGGGGCCACGGGCUGUCCCUGCCCCCCAAGGAGCGGCCCUAUACCAUCGCAGCGGCACUGCCCAGGCCGCGCCUUCUGGAAGAGGCGUGCAGCCCUCAUACCAAGGCUGGCGAGAAGGGGCCCUACUUCCUCAGCCAGCUCAGCACCCAGCAGCUCUCCAGCCAGCUGACACUACUGCAGCAGGAGCUGUUCCAGAAGUGCCACCCUGUCCACUUCCUCAACUCACGGGCGCUGGGUGUCCUGGACCAGAGCGCAGCCGCGCCCAGAGCCAGUAUGGCCGAGCGCCCAGCAGGGGCCUGCAGCCUGUUCCUGCCCGGCUGCACCCAGGACCCGUUCCUGCUGCAGCUGCUGCGGCACGCCGAGGACGUCACCACCUGGGUGGCCGCCGAGAUCGUCACCUGCCACGGCUCCAAGCUGCAGGUGAGCCUCCUGUCCAAGUUCCUGCUGACAGCCAAGUGCUGCUACGAGCAGAGGAACUUCGCCACGGCCAUGCAGAUCCUGGGGGGCCUGGAGCACCCCGCUGUGAGGCGGUCCCCCGCCUGGAGACUCUUACCUGCCAAGGUUGCGGAAGUGCUGGAAGAGCUGAAAGCAGUGGAGGUCUUCCUCAAGAGCGACAGCCUGUGUCUGAUGGAGGGCCGCCGCUUCCGGGCACAACCCACCCUGCCGUCAGCUCACCUGCUGGCCAUGCACAUCCAACAGCUGGAAACCGGGGGCUUCACCAUGACCAACGGAGCCCACAGGUGGAGCAAGCUCAGGAACAUCGCCAGGGUGGCCAGCCAGGUGCAGGCCUUCCAGGAGAGCCCCUACGCGCUGGCCCCCGACCCCAAGCUGCAGGCCCACCUGCGCCAGCGCAUGGCUCGGUUCAGUGGGGCCGACGUGUGCAGCCUGGCGGCCGACCCCCACCCAGGCCUGGCCCCCACCCCCACUGCCGCCGGGAAGCACACCAGCCGCCUGCAGGACAAGCUACGCAGGAUGCGGGCCACCUUCCAGUGACACGGGAGUGGGGGCUUCCGGAGGGCAGGCCCCAGCGUCCACCCACUCGGCCACGGCCUGCGACCCUGACCCCUUCCGCAGCCGGUCCCCACGUGCGACCAGCGGGACCAGAGCUGAGUCGCCAGCCACCUCCAG